GCAAGAUAAGAGGCACGCGUCUUUUUUUUUUUCCGGCUUUCACGUUUACGGAAUACGUCUAUAUGUUUCCCGCCAUGUGGCUGAACAGCGAACAUAUAUGUUGGUGUCGUGCUGCUAGCUGAAGCGCCGUUUAUGAACAACGGGCACAUUAUGAUAACAGAGUGACGGCGGCUUCGGUUUUUCCAAAAGUCUCAACAGAAACUCCAACAUCAGGAUGAAGCAACAAAGGGACGUGCCUCAGGACCGAUACUACUUCGUGGGGAUCAUUUUCUUCAUUCUGGGUCUGGGAACGCUGCUGCCAUGGAAUUUUUUCAUGACUGCUUCAUUGUACUUCCAAGGUCGACUAAACACAACAGGAUGGAGCAACGGUACAGUGAUCAUCGGCAAAGAAUACUACUUCAACAACUGGAUGACCCUGCUGUCCCAGCUGCCCCUGCUGCUGUUUACCCUGCUCAACUCCUUCCUCUACCAGAGGAUAUCGGAGAUGAUGCGUAUCGCGGGUAGCCUCGUUUUUAUCCUGCUGCUCUUCAUCCUCACAGCGGUGCUGGUCAAAGUGCCCAUGAAGGAAGAUCGCUUCUUCUCAGUCACCAUGGCUACUAUCUGGUUCAUCAACUCGUUUGGUGCCGUGCUGCAGGGCAGUCUGUUCGGCCUUGUGGGGAUACUGCCUCAGAAGUACAGCAGCAUUUUCAUGAGCGGCCAGGGCCUUGCUGGGACCUUUGCUGCCAUCGCCAUGCUGCUAGCUAUAGCCAGUGAUACAGACUCUGAGACAGCAGCUUUGGGUUACUUCAUCACACCAUGCGUGGGAACGUUGGUCACGCUCAUCAGCUACCUGCUGCUGCCACGCCUGGAGUUUGCUCAGCAUUAUCUGAGCAAAAGUUGCAAAUAUGAGGCAGACACCACAGACGAGCUGCUGACAGAGAGUAGCAUGGUGGAAAAUGGCAAGCUAACUGGACAAGCUAACGGAUCAGUAAUCGGCCACUCAGCCAAGGGCAGCAGUGAGGCGGAGGCUGAGGUGGAGCCCAGGUCAGACGGGACCAAGCAGGCCUUCCUUCCCCUGGAGCAAGUUGAGAGGCCACAAGCUAAGGCCUCAGUUAAAGAGGUCUUUAAAAAGAUCUGGGUGAUGGCAUUCUGCGUGACGUUCGUGUUCACGGUCACUCUCUCUGUGUUCCCUGCCGUCACAGUAGAUGUAAAAACUGCAUUCCCAAAAUGGGAGCGCUUCUUUAUUUCGGUGUGCUGCUUCUUCAUUUUCAACAUUGGCGAUUGGCUCGGUCGGACCGUCACCACAAAAAUACGUUGGCCCGCUAAAGAGUCUCGUCUCUUCCCGAUGCUCGUUAUCUCCAGAGUGGUAUUCGUCCCUCUGCUGAUGCUCUGUAAUGUCCAGAGUCGCUCCUACCUUCCCGUCUUCUUCUACCACGAUGCAGCUUUUGCAGCCAUCAUGACUUUCUUCUCGCUGUCCAGCGGCUACUUUGUCUGCCUGUCCAUGUCAUACGCCCCACAGUUGGUGGAGCCUAAAGAUGCAGAGACCGCAGGAGCCCUGAUGACCUUCUUCUUGGCUCUUGGACUGUCCAUAGGAGCCGCUCUGUCCUUCCCCCUCCGAACUCUGGUCUAGUUAUACACAAACACAUCUGAAGGGAAAAUCAGAUGCCCCCUUCUGCAUGAGCUUCCUGGCUUUCAUUUCAUCUUUUCACUCCAUGUAAGUAACGUGAGCACAGUGAGAGCGUAACGGUCAUGGAUGAGGAGCUGGUAUGGCUCGGGAAUUCUUAGAUUUGGAAAGGGAAAUACUACGUGUUACUGAAAAGGACUGCUGCUCAUGAUGUUACCAGCUGAUAACCUGACAAAAGAAGUUAGAAACAUUUGCUCCAUGUGCAGUCCUUUAAAUAACUUUUUUGUUUUUUUUUUUUUUUUUUAUGUUUGAAGUUUUUCAAAGUCAAUAAUAUGUAGAUAAAGGGAGACAGACUGGCUUGUCUUGGAAGAAUUUUGUAUGGUAUAAUGUAGGUGAUUUUUAUUUUUUAACCAUAGCUGAGUUUUUGAUAUUCUCCAUUUUAUUGAUAACUUGGGUGAUGAACUUUGACUGAUUUUACAUUAACUACUCAUAAUGUUUUUGUUUUCAUCAUCAUCAUUGGGUAUUUUCUGUUCCUCUUCAGACCAGCAGCUCC